AACUGUAGUUAGCUUGUUUAGUCUUGAAGAGAAUGCUUCGGAGGGCCCUCGAUCAGAGUAGGUUGCUCGCUUUGAUGUAUAUACGGGUAGGAAGAACUGAUAUACUGAAAUUUGAGAAGAUUCAGUUUUCAUUUUCACGAUGUAUCCAUAACAGACCUACCAAGGAGGACUUAGUUAAAGACAACAACAAUAACAUACACCCAGAAUCAAAUCAACCAAAGCCAAAUUCAAGCGAAGUACCAAAAGAGAUGCACGAGACGACUAAAUUAUCAUUUGAGGAGUAUCAAAAGAAAAUUUUACUCAAUCACAAGAAACACGCAGAACCCACCGAGUGGCAAAAGCGAGAACUUGCUAUAAAGAAGCGAUACGGAGAGUGGAAACCAACUAAGCGAUUGUCUCGAGAGGAGAUGGUUAAAGUUAAGGAAUUAAGUGAGCAGUUUCCUCAUUACAAGACUGCCGAUUUAGCAAAUAUUUUCCGGGUUUCUCCUGAGGCUAUUAGAAGAAUAUUGAAGUCGAAUUGGAUUCCUAAUGACACAGAUUUGGAUAAAUUGACUGCUAGAAGAGAGAGACAAAGACAAGAGAAGAUGGAAGUAGUACAGCAAAGGUAUAAUAAAAAGUCUUUAAAAGGUCCAAAACAGGAUAACAAAAGGAAAAGCCACAAAAAAGUAAUAAGCCUGAACUAUAAUUAUAUUGGUAGAAGAUUUUGAUGCUCGCCAAUUAAGUAACGACGGAAUGACCCAACUCUGUACAUAGAACAGUAAUAGAAAUUUGUAAAUAGAAUUUACCAGAGCAAAACUGAUAGAUAGAUAGACAGAUAGACAGAUAUAUAUAUCACGUGACUACUUUCUUUGCCGAGGUUGGUUUAAGCUAAGGUUGAACAAACCCCACCAAAAUAAUUUCCACCACUUUACUCCACAAGAUAGAUCAGAGUAGCACAUCAUGCCGGCAGUUCCAGUAUUGACAAUCCCCGAAUCAUCGUAUGAUCCUUCAUUAUACUCUCUUCAGACAAGAAGGGGAAAAUCUCAAAUUUUAAUAUAUUUGAUUAAAUUGACCCAUGGAUCAGCAUUCACAUUAGCCCUUGCUUACAUCAUAGGAUUACUCGUUAUAAAACCAUUAUUGGAAACCAAAGCCAGCAGACGAUUAGAACUCCUUGAGUCUGCGCGAGUAGGACUCCGUGAUUUCUAUCUCAAGCUCAUUGGGAAAGUCAGUCAUAUACCUAUCGUUGCCAUUCGGAAACCUGGUGACAGCAAAUUUUAUUCCGAUGCAGUUGUCCAGACUCAUGACUCACAUGUGGAUAAAACUAGGGUGAGAACGGAUAGAGAGAAGUGGGAGGAGUUGAUUGAGAACGAUAAGCUCGCCCAAGGACGAUUGCAUGAGAAAUUGAAGAAGUUGUCUACGACAUUGAAUGAUGAAUGCAGAACCUAUAGUAGUCUUGAUAUGGACCAUUACAAGAGUGCAAAUUAUGCGAUAAAGGAUUUCCAAAAUAAGGCCGAUUUAGUUUAUUUCAAUUCCACGGAGUUGUUUAUGCAAGAGAGUGCUCCUACUGAUACCAACAAGUCUUUACGUAAGAAGAACCUGGCAGUUGAAGCCAGAAAUGAGAUUAGGAGUAUUAAAGGGUUGUACAUGAGCGGUCAAGCUUAGGUUAGCAUCAUAAAUAGGAUUUUUUUUUAAUGUUGUUAAUUUUAUAGUUCUUUAAUCAACGUUUCUUCCACGC